CCGCGGACACCGGAGCGACCCCAGGAGUCAGCGGCGCUUGCAGAGUUGAAGGGACGGCGGGCGGGGGCAUCUCUAAGGGACCAGGGUCCCGCGUGGGAACGUGGGCUCGCGGGCUCGAAAGGCCCGCAGGUGUCCAGCCCCAGCGCUAAGCUGGCUGCGCCGUCGUGCGGCCGCGGGUGGGGAGUGCGCGUGCGUGACGUGUGCGCUGGGCCCACAGGGAGGGGGUGGGGCUCCGGGAAGGAGUGAGUGCGCGUGCGCGACGUGCGUGCGCGCCUGACGUUUUGACGUGUGUGCGUGCGUCGUAUGUGCGCCGGGCUUACUAGGAGGGGCGCGGUUGUAGGAGAAGCUGGCAGGGCGUCAGAUGUGAAUGAAUUGCUCUGAUCGAAUAGUCGACAUGAGGCUCGGUCUCCUUAUCUGUAAAGUGUGGAUGUCAGUAAUACUUGCCGCAUGGCAUUGUUCUGAGCACUCACAUUUUGCUAGCUAUUUGUUAUUUAUGUAAUACAUGCGGCUGGAGCUUGGACAAGUCUCUAGGGCCUUCAUUGCUCAGUUAACUCAUUUGUGCAAUGGAAGAGGAUAGAGGCUGGACUAGCUAGCCACCAAGGCCCUUUCCUGGCUCUAACAUUCCCCAGGUCCCCAGUUAUUAUUUAUUAUGUAUUCAUUUGUUAUUUGUUAUGUAUAAGCAUGACAGUAUCCUGAAGCCAUCGAAGGCUGUGUGACGGUGGAAGGUCUGGGACAAAUUUAAGAAGAGCGAGAACCUAAAUUGGUAAUAAAUCAAUAAGAAACAAAUGUUUACAUUCACUCAGUGAAAAGUAUCAUGUCUAAGCUCAACAUAUAUCGGAGCCACACAUGGACACCUCUCCCUCCUUCACUAAGAGCGGAAAAUGAACAGAUCCCAGGAACAAGUGUCAUUCAAAGAUGUAUGUGUGGACUUCACUCAGGAAGAGUGGUAUCUGCUGGAUCCUGCUCAGAAGAUACUAUACAGAGAUGUGAUUCUAGAAAAUUACAGCCAUUUUGUCUCAGUAGGAUAUUGCAUUACUAAGCCAGAAGUGGUCUUCAAGAUAGAGCAAGGAGAAGAGCCCUGGAUAUUAGAGGCAGGAUUCCCAAGCCAGUGCCACCCAGAAGACUGGAAAGUUGAUGACCUGAUAGAGAGCAGCCAGGACAAUGAAGACGAACAUUUUUGGCAACUUGCUUUCACCACCAACAAAACAUUAAAUGUAGAUAGUGGUGAUAGAGUAAGAAAAGCUUUCAGUCUGGGCACAGAUUCUGUUCCUUCAAGAAAUUUUCCAUGUAAGAUAUGUGACUCGUGUGAAAUGAGUUUGAAAAAUAUUUCAGGCUUAAUUAUUAGUAGAAAGAGCUAUUCUGGGAAGAAGCCUGAUGAGUUUAAUGUAUAUGAGAAAUUGCUCCUUGAUAUUAAGCAUGAGAAAACACCUCCCGGAGGGAAAUCUUAUAAAUAUAGUCAAAAAAGGAAUGUGCUCAAUCAUAGCCACGACCUCAGUCAGCCAAUUUUUGACCCGCCUUCUGAGUAUAAUGAAGACGGACAAGCCUUCCAUGAGGAAGCGGCCUUUUUCACAAACAAGAAAAUACAGAUAGGAGAGACGCUUUGUAAAUAUAAUGCAUGUGGAAGAACCUUCAUCCACAGUUUAGAACUCAGUUUAUCUCAGAGAACUCAUUUGGAGAUGGAGCCAUAUGAAUGCAAUAUUUGUGGGAAGUCCUUCUAUACAGAUUUAAGAUUGGGACAUCAGAGAACUCUUACAGGAGAGACUCCUUAUGAAUACAAUGAAUAUGGGCAAACCUUCUGUGAUAACUCAACUUUCAUUAUCCAUCAGGGAACCUAUACAAGAAAGAUUCCCCACGAAUAUAAAGUAGGUCCUAAAACGUGGGAAAAGUCAACCCUCUUUAAACGUCAGAUAGUACACAUGGGCAAAAAACCUUAUGAGCACAAUGAAAAUGGAAAUAACUUCAACAAGAAGUCACAUCUCACCCAGCUUCGAAGAGGUCACUCAGGAGAAAAAACCUUUGAAUGUGGUGAAUGUGGGAAAACAUUCUGGGAGAAGUCAAACCUCACUCAACAUCAAAGAACACACACAGGAGAGAAACCCUAUGAAUGUACCGAAUGUGGGAAAUCCUUUUGUCAGAAACCACACCUUACCAACCAUCAGCGAACACAUACAGGAGAAAAACCCUAUGAAUGUAAGCAAUGUGGAAAAACGUUCUGUGUAAAGUCAAACCUCACAGAACAUCAGAGAACACACACAGGGGAGAAACCGUACGAAUGUAACACGUGUGGGAAAUCCUUCUGCCACAGGUCAGCCCUAACUGUCCAUCAGAGAACACACACAGGAGAGAAACCCUUUAUGUGUAAUGAAUGUGGGAAGUCCUUCUGUGUGAAGUCAAACCUCAUUGUUCAUCAAAGAACUCACACAGGGGAGAAACCCUAUAAAUGUAACGAGUGUGGGAAAACCUUCUGUGAAAAAUCAGCUCUCACUAAACAUCAGAGAACUCACACAGGAGAGAAGCCCUAUGAGUGUGAUGGAUGUGGAAAAACCUUCAGUCAGAGGUCGGUACUUACAAAACACCAGAGAAUUCACACAAGGGUGAAAGCUCUUUCAACAUCCUGAUGUCCAGAAACCUUCACCCGCCCUUUUCAAAUUCUUACACCAUUUUUAAAAAUGAGACGAAUGAAGCCCAAAGAAUGCCUCACAUUACUAGAAAGCGAUGUCUUAUCGUAUUUCAGAUAAUUAAUACUAGCAUAAAACCUUACUGAUAUUUUGAAUAUGUGAAAGCUCUCAAGAAAAACUGAAGCUUUUCAUCAGAAAAUUUAUAUUGAGGGGAAAUUUAUUCACUUAAGGAAUGUGGUAGAAAUCUUUGUCUAGAAUUUGUUGUGUCAUAUUCCAGAUGUGAUACCAAAUUUUAUUGUAAAUAUAGUGGAUGGUAUUCAUUCAUACCCAUAUUCACAGUGGAAUCUGAAGCUUAAAAAAAGUUGAGUCACAACAAUAUUAAAUAUUUGUUUUGCAGGCCUGAUGUUUGCAGGCCUGAUGUGGGUAUAGUAAUAUAGCAGAAGUUAGAGGUAUGCUUGAUUUGCAUAUUGGAGUCCAACAUACUUGUGAAGAGAAAAUAUCCCUUAAUUAAAUAGCUAUUAUGGUCUAUAUUAGUAUGUCCCACGCUAAAUACCACCAGUGUCUUUAUAGGUUGAUAUAAUUAUAUAUGUAUAUAUAUGUAUAUGUAAAUAUAUUUAUACACAUGAACCCACACGUACACAGUGGUGUGUUGGAGUAAGCUCACACUGGCUUGCAGCUGCCAAUGGUUAAAUUUUCGGGAAUUUUGUGAGCCAGUUGUUAAACAUAGUCAUUAUUUAAAAAUUAUAUUAAAAAGGUAAUAAAUACACAGCACUCCACUUCUUAAUUAUUUUAUAACAUUUUGCUCUUUGUUCUUUAGGUUACUUAUAUUAUCGAGUCUCAUGGUAAAAAUACCAUCUAAUGUGCUACUGCACAUCUCUUCCCACCUCUGCACUCAGUGUCGUCCUUUUGGUAGCUUGGCUUUAGUGGGAGCAUUUAUGCCCUGGAAAUUGGCAAACUCUACAAACCAGGGUUUUUAUUUUCUCAGAGAACCUGUUGUCAAAUACUUACCAGCACACCACUGUGUAUAUAUGAAAAUAUAUCUGGACAAUUUAAAGUACAAACUACAUACCCCCCGCCCUCAUUUCCUGACAUAAACAAAUGGCUAUGGCCAGUAUUGCUGAACUGCCUCUUCAGUAAAGAACCCCAAAUUUGUUUUUGUGAGGUUUCUUAACUACCUCUGCACCAGUCUUAAUUGUAAAUACUACCUGAGUCUCUUUAUCAUUUGGCCGGUAUAUGUUAUUUUACAACCACAUCACCAACCUUCCCUCUGAUGUUGCUGGCAAAUAGGAAUUAGUAUGGCCAUUGUUACCGAUCUACUACUACUUCCCAAAGAAGCCAAAUAAUAUUUUUCUGAGGUUUUUCAGCUGCCUCUGGGUCAGUCUAUAAUGUUGUAAGUGCUGUUAAUAACAGUGGGAUUUACAUGAAUUUUGCAAAGGUUAACACCAUUUAUGAACAGGAAUACUCACUGCACUCCACAAAUAAAAAAUAGUGGUAUGUACUCGAAUGUCACUUUCUGACUCUUGGUAUUUCAUUAUCGUAUCUAUUUAGGCAUGAUCUGUUGUAUGUGCCCCAGGAACUAUGUAUUCGUAUUUAAAAUAAUAGGUUGUCACACACUGUCCCUGCCUUCUUUGUCCUACUGUUUUCCCACACCUCCUUGGAACACAGUGAUGAGCAGUUCCAAGAGACAUUGCCCACCCACUACUCUGCUUCUUACUUGCUGGGCUCUGUUUUGUCUCUCUUUCCGUUCUUCCCCCAGAUGAUUUAGGAGUAAAUCCAGAUUAAUCUAAGUUAAUCGUGGAGAUGCUAUUCUAAUGAUUCUGUUGAGAUGUUUGGAGAAUAUUCUGCGGUACUUCUGGGAAAGAUCUUAGUGAUAAACUAUUGUGACAUGAGAAGACACAAGGAGAGAUUGUCUCUCUUAUGCUGGACUUUUUCAUGUAUGUAUGUUAUACCAAAUUAUAGCUUGUGGCCCUGAAGGGCAAUAGCUUGAAGAUAACAGUAGAUAAAAUGGGAAAAACCUGGCUCAGAGGGGACGUCAUUGAGCUGCACAACUCCAUCUGGACCUGUUCUCGGCUAGGACUUUCUGUUACUGUGGUAAUAAUAGUUGCUUAUUUUUCUUUAAGGCUAUCUGUUACUUCUAGCUGAAGGUAUUCCAGCUGGUACAAACGAGUACUUAGUUCUAAGUAUUCAUGUUCUAUACAGUGAUUUGGGGGAAGAAUGACUUCUUUUGACAAGUUAAUACAAGGAUAGCUUUUGUAUCAGCCCUGCUUCUAAUGAAAAACAGAAUUCUACCCCAACCAAGAGGAUUGUAAUGGUAGACGUAUUACAGUGGUGUGGGCCAGAAACAAGGGAUACUGAAGCACCUAGAGACUAGCAUCACCCAGAAGCUGUGACCAUUCUAAGUCGUAAAGGGGCAAAGGAUGGAAAGAAACUAGCAUCACCAGAGCCCAAUAAGAGCUGCUCUCAUGGAGGAGAGACCAUCUCCGAGGGGAUAUUGUCCCCACCAGAAUUGUGGCACCGAAUUGCUGGUGCCUUCCUUUGGAGAACCCAGCCAGAUGCAAUCUGCAGGUUAGCCCAGGUGGGCACAGAGAAAGUGGAGAGAAGGUCUGGGUGGAGCCAGUGGAUAAUAAGCAGCACGGUGUUUUUUUAAUUUCUGUAAAUUCCUAUGUAAAGUCUUAGUAUUAGAAAUAAACUUAUUCUACUAGUUGAAAGUUAAGUAUUUCUACUUCAUUGUGCUUUUGUAUCGUCACAAGUAAAUUCCUUUUGGAAGUGAGCACUGUGGCAGGUAUGUCUCUGUUGACAUGCAUGAAGCAGACAUUAUGUUAAAUGACAUUUUUCAUAUGUCCCUCUGUGGUGUUUCUUGUUACAUGUGUUGUGAGAUAAGCAGCUCUGUAUUCUUCCAAAUAAAUAGCCAGUUGUCCCUGCAUUGUUUGAUUAAUUCACCCUUUUCCUUGUCCACUUGCUAGGGCAUUUUUAGCAUGUACUUAAAUAUUAUGUGUAGUGGCUGUUACUUUUUGUUUGCCUGAGGCAACUUUUCUACAUUCUUCCCAUGAGAUAGCCCAUCCUUGUGAACAUAAGAGUUGACCAGAUGAUACCAUCUCUUCCUGGACCCGCAUUUGUAUUGAUCCAGGAAUGGUCAUUUGUUACAAAAUAGGCCAAUGAGAACUCAUCCUAGACUAUUUUUUCACAAGUCAUUGUGACCAGAUAGUUUGUGUCCUUGUUGCUAUCAGAAGUCCUCUAUCAGGAAAAUGUCUGCAAGGGAGAAGAUGAUGGCAAUAAGUGCUGUAAAAUAAAAUGAAAAUAGGAAAAGUUGUCAGAGAGAUGUCUGAGUCUGCAUAGCAUGGAGAAGAGAUGACCUCACUGGGAAGGCUACAGUGGAGGGAGUGAGCCAUUUGGUUAUCUGGAGAGGGAGAGAGAGAGAGGGAGAGAGAGAGAGUGUGUGUGUGUGUAAUACAUGUACAUGUAUAACCAACAAUUUUAGGUACCUAUGGUUUUGUUUCCUGAAACAACACCCUAAUUACCUGUAAUAUACUUCGAUGUUUUAUUUUGUGCUGUACCACAUUCUGUUAAAAGAAAUGCUUAUUCCCAUAUACUAAACUGAUUUCACAGCCAGUGAUUGGGUCAUCUCCCAGAACUUAAAAACUAAUGCUCAAGUGCAAAGUCAGAAAAGGAGUGGCUGGGUCAUAGGUAUGGCUUUCUGAAAUGACUAAGCAAUUCACAUUCCUAGUGCCUGGAAAUUGUUUCCUGGUAAAUUCUCUAGAACCUGUCUUUUGGGAAUUAGUCCCAUUUUCUGUGUGGAACUUAGCCUCCCCUUGCCCGGUGUGCCCUGUCACUUCACAUCCAGCCUAUACUUGGUGGGGAAGGGUAGAGCCAUCGCUUCUGGAAAGGUUCAACCCCUGGGUAUCCUAGAUGCCCUCAACCACGCCGCUUGUUGCUCCCAGUAGGCACCUGCAGUUGUAGCUGCCCUUGCCCAACUCCUUCAUCCCAUGUGUUUCUGGGGAAGGCUUAGCCUGUUCUGAUUCCCAUUAUUUCCACAGAAUCUUCAUGUACCACUGAGUGAUGGGACACUACGUAAUCUCCCACCUCCUUCCCCCUCCCCACCUGCACCGCCUUUCAGACUCUGCACUUCCCCAGGCUUCUCUUUCAGACAACGAAGAACUGACUUAGACACUACUUUUUUAAGAGUAAGGUCCCCUCAGAUCCUUGAGGAAUUGGAAGGGUGAUGCUGGAUAUCUUGCCUGCUCAACCAUGUCUGGAGUCCGUAGUUUGGGAUGGUUGAGCCUCUCUGGUUCAGUUUCCUCAUAUAAAAGAUGGGAAUAGUUAACCCCAUCUGAAAGAGCAGGCCUCAGUUUCAGCUUACUUGGAGUGACACACAGGCCAAAAAUUCUCCCUUGUUUCAGCCGCCCCCCCCCCCACCCAACCCAAAGAAGGUCACAUCGUCAGAGGACAGCAGGGGAGUUUAGAACUACUUGAACUCCAGCCCCUAGUGAAGGCAUGUCCUGCUCUUUUGGGUCUCCAACCACAUACUUUAAACUAGAAAAGGAACUUGGAGAAGCAUGGCAACUGUGACGAGGGCCCAGGGGCUAGUCCUGCUUCCUGAGCCUUCCUGGGACUGGGUGCUCCUGUGCCAGUGGUCCACACCAGGUACCCGUGUUGGGGGAGGAGGCCAUAAAUACUCUAAGGAAAAUGUAACAGAUGAAUCUUCUCCCCCGCCUCUCAAUACUUGCCUCUCCUAAAAUAACUUGGUUUUUAGUUCAGCAUGUAUCCUAGGCCUUUUUCCAUGUGUUUUAAUCCAUAUUUGUUUACCUCCUUAAACCGGACUCAUGGGCAUUUGACUUGGGCAAAUCAGAAAUACUGUCAAUAUUAAAAUUGUAUAUUGCAAGCAAAAGUAUCCAUGCCAUUUCCAAAUGAUAUGUUGUUGCCUGGAGUUAGACAACUUUAAAGCUGUCAUGCCCAGUGAUUUGCAAAAACUGUAUUUGUAAUUGCUACUGAAGAGAAAUAAACCAUGUAAUUUUUAAUAGCCUAUGGAUGAACAACUAUUGUUUAUGUUUUUGGGGGUCUUUCCUUCCCAGACAAUUCGGUGAUUUGUGCAGGUAUUAUAUAUUUUUAUAGUUUGAAACAUUUAAAAAUUCCUAUAAAAUGUAUCCACAAGUUUUAAAACUGCUAAUGGUUGUGAUGAAAAACAUACCUGAACCUCAGUAACUUUAGAAGAGCAGAUACUAUGGGAGGUUGUGAAAAACUUUUACCUAUGAAACAGCAUGCUGUUAGGUAACAAAGAGAAAGUAAUCAUGCUUAGAAAAUAUAAAUAAAAUGACUUUAAUAUUAAACAGAAGUCAUAGACUACAUUCUCUGAAAUGUGUUCUUCAAUUUUACUUAUAUGGGAAAAUUAAUAGUAAUACUGCUCCCUGUUGUUCUCCAUAGGUGGGUUGUAGUUUUGUCUCUGGUGUUUGGUUUGGCUGCUUCUAUUUCAGUGUUCUUUUUGGAAAUGCACACUCACGCACACAGUAUUAGGAUAACAUAUAUACUGUAAAUUCCCAUUUUUCACUUCAGAAUAUGUGAUUAACAUCUUGUCC